GACGGAAGUGGGCGCGCCGCGGUCCCGGUGCUGCCGGUCGCGUCGCCGUCGGCGGCGUGCCCGCUUCCAAGAUGGCGGCGGCGGUGUCUGGCGCGCUCGGCCGGGCGGGCUGGAGGCUCCUGCAGCUGCGGUGCCUGCCCGUGUCCCGCUGCCAAUCAGCCCUGUUGCCGCGUGCCUUGCACACUUCAGCUCUGCAGCUCAGGUCCUCCGAUGAGCAGAAGCAGCAGCCUCCCCACUCUUUCUCUCAGCAACAUUCGGAGGCCCAGGGGGCAGAAGAACCCAAUGCGGAGUCUUCUCGUCCACCCCCCAGGUACACAGAUCAGAGUGGCGAGGAGGAGGAGGACCAUGAGAGUGAGGAGCAGCUGCAGCACCGCAUCCUGACGGCAGCCCUGGAGUUCGUGCCCGCCCACGGCUGGACGGCAGAGGCGAUUGCAGAAGGAGCCCAGUCUCUGGGCCUGUCCAGCGCGGCGGCCAGCAUGUUUGGGAGUGACGGCAGCGAGCUGAUCCUGCAUUUCGUGACCCAGUGCAACGCUCGGCUCACCCAGGUGCUGGAGGAGGAGCAGAAGCUGGUGCAGCUCAACCAGGCAGAGAAGAGGAAGACAGACCAGUUCCUGAGGGACGCAGUGGAGACCAGGCUGCGAAUGCUGAUCCCGUACAUCGAGCACUGGCCCCGGGCCCUCAGCAUCCUCAUGCUCCCGCACAACAUCCCGUCCAGCCUGAGCUUGCUCACCAGCAUGGUGGAUGACAUGUGGCAUUACGCUGGGGACCAGUCCACCGACCUCAACUGGUACACCCGCCGAGCUGUGCUGGCCGGCAUCUACAACACGACAGAGCUGGUGAUGAUGCAGGACUCCUCCCCAGACUUCGAGGACACUUGGCGUUUCUUGGAAAACCGGAUUAAUGAUGCAAUGAACCUGGGCCACACUGCCAAGCAGGUGAAGUACACCGGAGAGGCCCUGGUGCAAGGACUCAUGGGAGCAGCGGUGACGCUCAAGAAUCUGACAGGUCUAAACCAGCGCCGGUGAGCAAGGAGGGGCGUGAGCUGGAGUGUCCAGAAGAGUACCUGCGAAUGUAUUUAAAGGCACCGGAAAGUAGGACGUGCCUUCCACGGGACAGAAUAUCAAUGAGAAAACACUGAAGGACUCCUGAGUCACCACCACCACAGCCACCCGGCAACCACAGGGCACCUGGUCAUACGGCUGCAGCGCGGGGUUCGGCCACUUCCGCUCCUGAUACCAGGCCUGACCUCCUGGUGCCUUUCCGCAUGGCAGCCGUGUGACUGAAAAACGAGGCUCCCCUCCAAGCAUCUGAGCCUCAGAAACGCAGCACAUCCCUGCCACGGUCUCACGGGCACUUGGAUCGUAUCGCGACCUUCCUAGAAACGCUCUCUGGGACUCCCAAGUUGGAGUCCGAGUCGGAAGCCACCCGAAGUAGCAGCUGAUCCACAGCCCAGCACAGGCACGUGCACCCAGGGGCACUCCUUGCAGCCCUCUCCCUCCAGCAUUCUGACGUGCUGCACCGGGGACCCCUCCGAAAGCUGCCAACCUGCGACCAGUGCCGGCUGGGCAGUGGUUCUCAGCCUGGCCGGAGGCGAUCCCAGACCUGGUGUCGCAUUCCACCAGCAUGCGUGGCGGGAUUGUUAGUGAACUCAGAGUCUGUAAAAAUGAUAAUAAAUAUGUUUGAAUUCGUU